UAUUAAAAGCAGCAAAGAUGAAUGCUUCCCUUGCAUCAAAGAUUAGAACAAGAACAAUUAAUAAUUCCUCUAUAAUUAAGGUCUCCCUGAGACAGAACAACAAGGCAUUGGCUAUGGCCCUCAAUGCUGCCAAGAUAACAGCCAAGAAUCUUACUGAUGACAAGAUGAGACUGCAGAAAGAAGUAGAGUUGGGUCACUUUGAAAAUGCUUGCUUACGCCAAAAGCUCUCUUCUGAGAAAAAAUAUACUGAUGAACUGCAGCUCUUUAUGAACAGCUGCUUUCAAACUGCAAUCAAGAUGACGAGAUUGUUAGAGGAUGAAAGAGGGCACAAUGAUACUCAUGAUAUUUCUUGCAGUCAGGAUGAUAGCAACUGUCCUAGAGUGGCACCAAAAUUUAUGAGAAUUCCAUUGUCUCAUGUGGAUGAUGAAGGAAGUGGCAAUGCCAGAAAGACAUCCACCAGUCUGGAGAAAUUCCAUUUGCAAUCUGCUUUUGGUGAGACUUGGAGAAGUAUGUCUUUCCAUGAAGUAAAGAAGUCAUUCUCUUCUUUCACUGACAAAGUAUUGGCAAGCAGUGGAAAUAGUCAUGCAGGAUUACAUGGAGUAGAUGACUCUACUUUGGCAUUGAAUUCAAGCACAAUUUUUGGAGACAACCUUUGGAAUGUGCCACAGAAUUCCAGGAGCAACUCACUAUCUAUCCUGGAUAAGAAUUAUCCUGUCCAUCAAUGGAAUAAAGUCCUGAACGAUUUAACAAAUUCCAUCCCUCUUGAAACUUCUCCAAUAUGUCUAUACCGACGAAGAAAAAAGGAAGUUUCCUAUGCAGAGCCUAGCCUGAAUAAAAAACUGAGGCGUGGUGGCCCCUUUACAAUGACUGACUUCCUCAGUUCCCCCAUCUAUAAAACAAAAAAGAAGUUGACAAAAGGAACUGAAAUGUCCAGGAAAACCAAGAAAAUUAAAAAAAGUUAGAUCUGUUGAUUAAUCUUUAGACAAAGAAUAACACAAUUGUUUCCUAGGUAUGAGGUUUUUUUCUUAAUUCAGCGAGUUUUAGCCACUUCAUUGUAAAAAUAAAAUUAUUUUUUAUAAAUAUUUGUUUCUCAAACUAGGUCUGUUGAAUUACAUCAGAUUUAUUCUAACUAUUUGAAGAUUAAUUGGAACACCUAUAUGUAAACUUGUCAUAAUAACAUGAAAACUAAAAUCAGGUAUUCUAAAAAAAUAAAUAAAAAAUAAGCCCAGUAAAAUGUCUGACUCACGUUUAGAGAUACAUUCUAUCGUGGUCAUGGCAGCACUGUAUUUCAUUUUUAAAAAAUGUAUACAUCCAAGAGACAAAUAUGUUUCUUCCUGAACCAGUAGUGUAGAAAUGUGUGCAAUAAAAAUAAAAAUAAGGAAAAUACAUUUUGUUGUAUCUAUUAUAGAAAUUAUCAACCCAGGGGAGGGAAAAUGGAAACACUGCCUUGGUGAUACACCUUGAAAAUGGUGUUUCAAAGCAUUCCUUUUUCCCCUAAGCAUAGGAGCCCAUUGCUUUUUUCAGUUUUUCGGUUUUAAAGAAACGUUUUGCCUUAAAAUAUCUACAUGGAGGUCCCUGUUUUUUUUUCAAGAUAGAGCUAACAUAGCCUGUCCAUGGUAGUCACUGAUUAGCCAAGAUAUAUUGUAUAUAGUUAAGGCUAUAUAGCAACUAAUUACCAAAAAGGAAGAAUUUCCAGGUGCUAAAAAUUUUCAAGGUGUAUGUCUCCCUUCCCUCAAAUUUUGUAGCCAAAGUACCCGGCAAGGCUCACCUUUCUAUUUAGGAGUUAUUGGCAUUCCUCCAGCUGAUGAUAUUGACAGCAAUGCCUGAUAACAUUUUGGCAAAAAGAAAAAAAAGGGUGAACUACUGCUAUCUUAUAAUACUUACUUUUGUUUAAAAUUUAAUGCUGGGAAAUUCUAAAUGAGAUAUUUCUGCCUUUUUAUGCAUGGAGCCUUGCAUAUGGCUGGGUAGGG